AUGCCCGCAAACCAACGAAAGAAUACAAGCCAGUCAUCAUACUUGCAGACUCCUAGGAACAUUGCGACCCCGUUGACAAAGGAUGCUGCAAAGAUCGUGACUACACCGAAGAAAUCUAGUACGAGCGAUUCAUCUGAGACAUCUCCUACCAUGGCACAAACUACAACGAAAUCAAAUGGUCAAUUGCCCACUCCUCCCACAAACAAUGGCGCACCUACAGUAAAUCGCAAGAAGCAGAAAAGAAGGGCGAAACAGGCUGCUAGAGCUGCCGCGGAACAAGCACAAGGCUCUCAAAUGAGUGGUGGACCAACUUCUGGGGACGUGAAGAGACAGAUGCAGGAACUGGAAGCACGCUUUCGCGAAACAGGGCUAGAUGAACAAUAUGACGAUGACGAACAAUUCGAUCCUGCGGACGAUAAUGCAUAUUAUAGUGACGAAGAGGGCGAUGCGUACUCCGGUUCAUAUGGUCACGAUGGCUCCUCGACAAACGGCUAUGCGAUCCCUGCAACGAACUCUUCAAGUAAGAAACAGAGGAAGAAAAAGAAGUCGAAAUCUUCGCAGUCGGAUCAUUCAAAUCACGCAAACCACGGUCCGAACGGUUCAUCGCAUAAUCACGUAUCGCUACCUCUUCCUUUACAGUCUCCUCCGAGCAUGCAAAGAGGGCCGGGUAUUUCGAAGGAGAAAAUCUGGAAUACAUCGUCACAAGAAGAACGCGAGCGGAUAAAGGAAUUCUGGUUAUCUCUUGGAGAAGAUGAGCGCAAAUCGUUAGUCAAGGUGGAAAAGGAUGCCGUACUCAAGAAAAUGAAGGAGCAACAAAAGCAUUCCUGUAGUUGCACGGUAUGCGGUCGCAAACGCACUGCUAUCGAAGAAGAAUUGGAGGUACUUUAUGAUGCAUACUAUGAAGAGCUCGAGCAAUAUGCAAACCAUCAAGGAGGUGAUGGUCCUCCACCAAUGAUGCCACCCCCACGUCGAUUUGGCGCUAUGAGCGGCCUACAGCCUCCCAAUCGUCUACCUCCUGUUUUUAAUGGGCAGCAACCUUCAAGGGGCAGGAUAGUAGAGCAACUUGGCGAUGAUGAGGAUGAAGAAGGAGAUGAGGAAUACAGUGAAGACGAUGGAGACGAAGAUGAUUUCAGUGAAGAAGAACCGGAAGAAAUUCCAAGAAGUCACGCCACGGAUUUUUUUAAUUUUGGUAAUAGUCUUACAGUGCAAGGAGGAAUUCUUACCGUAGCAGAUGAUCUACUCAAAAAUGAUGGGAAGAAGUUCAUUGAAAUGAUGGAGCAACUAGCCGAGCGUCGCAUGGCUCGAGAGGAAGAUGCGAAAGAACAGUAUGCUAAUGCGAAUUACGGACAUCCUUCAAAUGGUUCCAUGCAUCCCCAUUCUCACGGACAUGUCCAUAAUCACCCACCGCCGCCAGAAGAAGACGAGUAUGACGACGAAGAGGAUGAUGAAGACGAGUAUGACAGCCAGGAAGAGGAUUACGAUGAAGAGGAAAUGGAUAGCAUGACUGAAGAACAGCGAAUGGAAGAAGGAAGACGAAUGUUCCAGAUAUUCGCUGCUCGGAUGUUUGAGCAGAGAGUUCUGACAGCUUACAAAGAAAAAGUUGCGAAAGAGCGGCAGCAGAAGCUUCUCGAGGAACUUGAGGAGGAAAGUCGAGCGGACUCACAAAAGAAAGCCAAAAGGGCUAAAGAUGCACAGAAGAAAAAGGAGAAGUUGCUCGAGAAGAAGCGCGCCAUGGCCGAAGAAAAGGCUCGAAAAGACGCUGAAAGAGCGGCUGAAGAAGCUUCCCUUAGAGAAAUUGAGGAAAAGAAAGCAGAGGCCCAAAGACUAAAACGAGAGGAGAAUCGAAAGAAGAAAGAGGCACAAAAAAAGGCCGAUGAAGAAGAGCGCGUGCGUAAAGAAGCCGAAAAGCAACGCCGGCUUCAAGAACAACGAGAACGACAGGCUGAACAAGAACGAAAACAGCGCGAGGCCAAAGAGCGAGAAAGAAAGGAGAAAGAGGAGCUAAGGCGCCAAGCACUAGAAGCAAAGGAAAUUAAGGAAAAGGAGGCGAAGGAACGAAAGGAGAAGCACGAGCGAGAAAAGCGAGAAAAGGAGGCGAAAGUCAAGGCUGACAAAGAAGCUAGAGAGCUACAGAAACGUGAAGAGCUUACUGCUCAGCAAGCUGCUGUUCAAGCUGCCCAAUCUGCUGCGCAUGCCUCGAGACGCACAAACCAAGUACCCACACCUAACUUGAGUCAUGCCUUAGCUUCACCUCACAUUCCAGUCGCUAUUCCCGCUGUACCGAAAGCACCGACUCCUAUCAAGCUUCGGACAAACUCUCAGCAAGACAAUUACUCAAUACCCAGAACUCCUUCUAGUAAAUACCAGAGUAUAUCACCCAAUUCUGUAACCCCUCUACCAAAUAGUCCAGGCCCAAUAGGUCCGCCUGGAAAAACGCCGAUACAACAUCCUCUCUUACAACACCCACAGGCCACUUCUCCAAUACAUUCUGCGCUGAAAGGUCCUCCAGGUAUCCCCCAGAGUCCAUUCGCUGGUAUGCAACCCAUGCCAGGAGGAUUCCAACCAGGAAUGCCAAUGGUACCUCCAGGUUUCGGCCGACCGCAUCAUGAUCCAAUGUUCGGACUUCAGCAGGGAAUGGGUAAUCACUUUCGUCCUUUGCCAAUUCCUAAUGGUGGCAUCCCCCCAUUUCAGCCUGGAUUCAAUAUGCAUCAUAUGCCACAAGGCAGAGGAUUCCCUAUGCAUGGACCACCAGGGUUUCCACAACCUUCUCCGAACGGGAUGGGUAGUAUCGGCCAGCUUUUUGGAGCCCCAAAAGAAACACCAACUUCGCAGACUCAUUCCCGAAAUCUGUCCGGCUCAUUUGAUGGAUUGUCAUCGGCAACACAAGCUCAGCCUAUCGCGAGACCAACGCCAAUUGGACGACCAUCUAGUAUUGUUCACGGCACUCGCCAUAGUGAUAAAUUAAAUAGCGGUGAAUCUGAUGAAACAAGCAAGCAUCUUGGUAGUAGCGCUUUACUAGAUGAUAGUGAUGAGCCUAUCAGUAAUGGAGUUGGCGCACGACGCUCGAGUGCAGCUCCUGGUAAUCCCAGCAGACAGAACUUCUUACCACCUCCAUUUGGUAUGGACCGCUCGGAUCCAGCAAGUAUGAUGAGCUCUUUUGGCACAUGGGGUGCACCUCCAAUCCCAUUUGGAUCUUCUUCCCUGCCUGGAUCUAACGGCUUUGGUGGGGGAUGGAAUACAAGUCUCAAUAUGAAUGGUUCUUUCGCGAUGCCACCUUACUUCCGCCCGUCUCAACCGCGUUCCGUAGCCGUGAGAUUAAUGAUUUGUAUGGCUUGUCAGAAUCUUCAAAAUUCUACACAAGACGGAUGGUUAGAUAUUGAUGCUAUCAAGAAUGAGGUCGCUCUUCUGAAUCCAGCUAGAGAGGAACCGGUUUCUGAACGGGAAUUACUGGAUAUUUGUGACACUGAAGGGAAUCAAAUGAAUGGCGGUGGCACGUUUGAGAUCCGUUCUUCUGACGGCAAGUCACAAAUUCACUAUGUCAGUGACUCGAUACCUCAUGACUUCCGUUCUGCCGGUGCGCCAGGCGAGAUUGGGAGCCCUAUCAGUGGAGGGGCAUCUAGAAAUCUAGGACCUCCUGGCCGAGCUCCAAUUGGUGGAUUUUAA